UCACGGCUGCCUACAUUUGCUUUCUACCAGGCGAACGGCGCGGAUGCAUUCAACUGCAGAAAGAACACACAGUUUUGUAGCUACUUUGAAGUGCACUUCAUAAGCAGAAUACAGAAUUGUAUACUUUUAGUUGAGAUUUUGCGGAAACGCUAACAGAAAGUAAAAUCGGAAAUAUUUACGAAUAUAAAACGGAAUACAAACUAACGGUGGCAAAGUAUUUUCGUGUUUUGUGUACAGUGCGAAAGUAAAAAAGUGAAAAAAUACGAAUACGUGAAAACAAAUAUAAAGUAGUUGAAAGUAAAUACACCUAAGCGUAAGUACAUAGAUACACACAUACCUAUGUAUGUACGUGUAUGUAUGUAUGUAUGAACAAAUAGUGGCAGAAUAGCUGUGCUCAUUGUGUAAUGUCUACGAACUCGCACUAAAGUACCAAAGAAAAGGGUUAGCCUCGUUUACCAGCAGUCCCUGAAUGAGCUCGCAGGCAAAACGUCAAAAGUUGCUAACAACAAUUACAAAUACAAAAUAAUAACAAGAAGUAACUAGCAAACUAGACCAACCAAACAAGUAAAGAGCAAUUAGCGGAAAUCGAUUGCGGGCGCUGUGAAUUUUGUAAAGAUUUCUUAGCCAGUUGGUCUAAGCGUCGGGGCGGUCGUUAGCCUUCAGCAGCGCUCACUCACGCGCCACAAAGCCACAGUCAACAAAGCCGUCAGGCCGUCAGUUGGUCGGCCAUUGGCGUCUGACAAGCUGAAUUUUCAUUUCUCUUUUGUGCAUUUUUCCGCUCAUUUGUUUUGUUGAAGGGCUCACCGCAAAGUAAAAAUAAAAAACUAAAAAAUAUAUUACCAACAUGCGCUUUUGUAAUUAGUCUUUGGCAGCAAGUAAUUUUGUGCACGAGGAAGGUACUAAAACGAAGGGUCCAAUAAACACAAAAGAAAAUUCAUAAAACGAGCAACAAAAGGCAUAACUAAAGAAAAUUGAAAAAAAAAUAAAGAUACAAAGUGAACCUACUUACUUAAGAAGUGCAGUUAAAAGAGAAAAGUGUAAAAAUACACAGUAAACAAACAACGAAGCACCAGAAGAGCUUAAGCGCCAGCUUAACGGUUCUAAGAAGCAUCACAUCCUCAGCACAUUUCUGUCAACAGUGGAGAAGAGUGUAGUAUACAUUAACGAAAAAUCUCAACAAAAAUGGUGCAAAAAUUCCAAUCGCCCGUUAGGGUCUACAAACACCCGUUCGAGUUGGUUAUGAAGGCGUACGAAUGCCGCUUUCCGAAAUGUCCACAAAUGCCCAUCGUACUCGAUUGCGAGAUCGUCAAAGAUGAGGUCUUGGAGAACGGCGCGAAACGCAAUACAAGUCGACGCUGCAAAUUGGCCGUCGAUGCGCCGUAUAUUUUCAAAAAGCUAAUAGGUGUAGACUUUGUAUAUUUCCUGCAACACAACUACCUCGAUAUGGCCAAUCGCACACUGAAUAUAGAGGCUGUGAACGAGAGCUUCUCAUCACGCAUAGAAAUCUUCGAACGUUGUCGUUACUAUGCACAUCCCGACAAUCCCGACUGGACCUGUUUCGAUCAGACUGCCACAUUGGAUAUUAAGAACUUUUUCGGUUUCGAACACUCCAUGGAGAAGAUGGGCAUGAAGCAAUACACACAAACCACACUGAAGGGUAAGGAAAUCAUCGAGUAUUUCAUAAAUGAACUGAAAGAGAAGGGCGUCACCAAUGUGGAGCGUUGGGUGCCGCCAGUAGAUGCACCCUGUUCGCCGACCACGCGUGAAGACAGCGAGGAGCCAGCACAGAAACUCAAAGAUGAGGAAAGGCGUCGCUCCUCACACGACGUGCUGCUCGAUGGCGAUUUUAUAGCAAAAAAUUUGGGCACACUUACACCUAUGCAGGCGUCAAAGCUGUUGGAGCUGCGAAAAAUGCUGAAUGGUGUCGAGGACUUGGAGCAAAUGCCAAGUUAUCAGACCAUACUGCGUUUUUUGACAGCACGCGACUGGCACGUGAACCAGGCCUGCACCAUGCUCAAGGAUUCGCUGAAGUGGCGCAAGGAGCACAACAUCGACACGCUGGUUAAGGACUAUAAGGCGCCAGCGGUGGUGGUGAACCACUUUCCGGGCGCAUGGCAUCAUCACGACAAGGAUGGACGUCCGAUCUAUAUACUGCGCUUGGGUCACAUGGACGUGAAAGGUCUGCUGAAGUCGAUCGGCACCGAAGGUUUACUAAAGCUCACUCUACACAUCUGUGAGGAGGGCAUGCAACGCAUCAAGGAGUCCGCCGAAAAGUUGGGUCAACCAGUGUUGAGUUGGUGUAUGCUUGUGGACUUGGAAGGUCUUUCCAUGCGUCAUCUCUGGCGCCCGGGUGUAAAAGCUCUGCUCAAUAUCAUCGAAACGGUCGAGCGCAACUACCCCGAAACGAUGGGUCGCGUACUGGUCGUGCGUGCGCCGCGCGUCUUUCCCAUCGCCUGGACAAUUGUGAGCGCUUUUAUACAUGAGAACACGCGCUCGAAGUUCCUAUUCUACGGCGGUCCCGAUUGUCUGCACAUGAAGGACGGCUUGGAGCAAUACAUCGAUUCGGAGAUCAUACCGGACUUUUUGGGUGGUCCAUGUAAGACACUCAUACAUGAAGGUGGACUCGUGCCAAAAACGCUCUAUAAAAUGAACUCGCUCGAAGAUGACGAUGCGGAGGAGGAGGAGGCCAAAAAGUCUCUGGAAGCCGGUAGCGCAUUGAUGCACGAGCAUCGUAGUUUAUAUAAAACCGUUGAACUGCGCACCGGUUACAUACACGAGGUAAUUAUACCGAAUGAGGACCCGAAGAGUGUGCUCACCUGGGACUUCGACGUGAUGCGCAGUGAUCUACACUUCACAUUGUAUCGCGCCACAAAAGAGCUGCCGCCAAAAACUGACACCUCUGUUUCCAUAUUCGAUAUGAGCGACUUCGUGGAGGGCGAACACUACUUUAAGGAGGAGCCAACGCUCAUUUGCCGACACCGUGAAAGUGUGCAGGGUUCCCAUGUAAUGCACCACACGCACUCCUACAUCAUGCAGUGGUUCAGCCCGUCAAGCGGCCCCGAAGGCCCCGCACAAUUGAACUUCUUCUACGAAGUGCUCAGCUCGGCCAACUACAAAGGCUCCAUGACCAGCCUGCAAUCCGGUUUCUCAUCAUCCUCCGCUGCCAGCUCGUGUCAGAGUCGAUGAUAUGAAGCGAACAACGGCGCGGCCUGCAGCAGUGCGGCAGCACGUGCGGAGCAUGCCAAUGGUGUGGUGGUGGCCGAUGAUAGUACAGCAGCGGGGAAGCAACAGCAACAGGAGCAUAAAGGUGAGGAGCAGGUGCAUGCACAUGGCAUUAUGGCGGCGAAUUCGCUGAUGGAGAAGACAUUGAAUUGAGUUGGAAAUGCGAGUGUACUCGUAUGUGUAGCGCAAAUAAAUACACAGUUAACUUUCGUUUUUAAACUCAAAAUAAUAUAAUUUAGUGUUACAUAAUGUUAAUAUGAAAGCAUGAAUAGUUUAAUAAAAAAAAAAUCAUAAAGACGCUAUAAUUUAAUUUAAAUCAAAAGAAAAACGGAACUUGGCUUUUAAAUAGCGUUUUAAUAGAGUAAAGAAUAUUUUUAGCCAAAGCAGCCGUGUCAUGUGCGAGCGAGUUGGCGAAAAAAUGCAAUUUUAAACAAUUUUAAUUUUGUAUUAACGAAUUUUAUAGCUAAAAUUGUAAUGACUGCAAAGCAAAUAGAAGAAGUGUAAGUUUAUUAACGCCUUUGAUUUGUUUUGAAAGUAUAAUGUCAUCGAUAAGUCGAUAACAGCGUGUACAAUAAUUAUUUGUCAGUAGCAAACAAUCAUGAAUGCAAUAAAAUAUUACGAAAAUAAUACAGCCGCAUCGAAAUGUGCAAUAACAUUUACCUACAGACGCGUACAUAUUUUUGAAGAACUUACAACAAACUACGAAAUAACGCCGAUACAAAACAAUAAAAGAUUUACAAUAUAAUAAACAAAUGCAGUGCAAUUAUUUUUGAAGAAAAUUUAGCAAAGGAAUUGUCAUUCAUUUUGUAUGUUAAGCACAACACAGUAAGCGCAAAAACAAUAGUUCAUAAAGAAAACACACUUCUUCGCGGUAGCGACUGUUUUUAAUGGAAAAAUCAACUAUUUCAAGAAAUUUUAGUUCGUAGCGAUACAUGGAAUAGCUACAGUAAGGCGGUUAAUACCUAAUGUCUGCAAAAAAAAAUCUUUCUCAUAUUUUCUAAAAUUUCUUAAAUUAAUUUUUCUUGAAAAAAGUUUCUUAAAAUUAUUUUAAUUAGCAAAUAUCAAGAAAAAAUCGAAAUAUUUCAAAAUCUUCGCACAUAACCUAAAAACCAUACGCGUCGUGACGUUAGUAAACGCUUUUUAUUGAACUCCCAAACAAAUGGUUGUAAAAAAUAAAUAAAAAAUAUGGUUAAUUCUUAAUAAAAAUACAUAAACAUAUAUUUCUUAAGAGUUCACACUUUUAUUUUGUGUCAAUUAACAGAGACGGCUGAGAAAAAUGUAGCAAAACACAAAUAAGACAAAUAUGUACAGCAAAAAUGCGAAACAAAUAUGUUCAUAAAUAUGUAUAAAACGAAAACUAGUAAAAUAAUUUUUAAGUAGACAUACAUACAUACAAACAAAAAAAUAUAAAUGUAGUUUGCUAGUAAAUUUUGCCGGCAUCAACCUGGCUGCAUGAGCAUUAUAUAUGUAAGUAAAUAAAUUAAUAAAUAAAAAUGCAAAUUUUUUAGCUUUUUAUAUAAACAGACAGGCGAAAGUGUGGCAAAGUAAUGCAAGAAAGUGUGUAAGCUUGGCAGAAGAAAAAUCGCUGAUGACACAGUAAUGAAAGUAAAGUAUUAGUAAAGUUGUAACGAUAGCAUUUAAGACGACUAUUAGUAGUGUUUGCCUUUGAUUUGCGAUUAACGAAAUUUCUAUUUAAAAAAAACUAAAUGUAAGCACUCCUGAUAUUACUACCGACUACUGGUUACCUACCUUUAUUUCAGUGAAAAACGGCAUGUAAUUGAGAAUGUAGAUAUUUUCUGGCGGCACUUUGAUAUAGCCACAGGGCACUAACACAUUUGAUGGAAGAGAAACUGUAAAUUCUAUUUUGAAUGAAACAUAAAAUUUCAAAUACACAGUUAUAUACGCAUACACACACACAUACACAUGCAGACAUCAUUACAUACACACAUGCGAAAAAGUUAAUUGAUGUAUUCUGUUUUAUAUGCUCCUCAAGUUGAGCUUAUACGAGUAUUUUGGGCGAAAGCUAACAAAACUUUUCCAAUCUCAAACUAACAUAAACAAUAAUUAUGAACCAUAUAUCAAAAAAGUAUUACUCUAAGAAAUGUUUCAUGUUAAUUAAAUGUAUAAGCAUAAAUAAAUAAUAUUUACUGAAAAGAAA